ACUGAAAAAAUGGAACGUAUAAAGCUGAGAGUAGUCUAAAAUUUUCGUAGUUCACUUUGGGAUUGUAUUCCUGAAUAUUAACCGGUAGUGCCAGGUGACAGUGUUUAAUUAAAUAUCCAGAAAAAAUGCCAGGCCCUUCAAGACCUCUGUGGCAAGUAGCCGGAAAGCGUGAUCCAGAACAAGAACGCGAAGCUCAAGCAUGGAUAGAAGCUGUCACAGGAAUGAGGUUUCCUCCAGGAGUUCCAUACGAAGAUUGCCUUAGGGACGGUAUUCUCCUUUGCACAUUGAUGAACCGUUUGGCACCUGGAAUCAUCCAAAAAAUCAACACAUCUGGUGGAGACUAUAAAAUGAUGGAUAACUUGAACCAAUUCCAAAAAGCUUGUGUGAAAUACGGUGUUCCCGAUGUAGAUCUUUUCCAAACAACUGACCUGUGGGACAGGAAAAACAUCGUUUUAGUCACAACUACCAUUUUUGCUCUAGGUCGCACCUGUUACAAACACCCUGAAUGGCGCGGUCCUUUCUUGGGACCCAGACCAUCUGAAGAAAACAGGAGAGACUUCAGCGACGAACAAUUAAGAGCUGGUGAAGCUAUUAUUGGACUCCAAGCUGGCCAAAACAGAGGUGCCACUCAAGCUGGGCAGAACUUUGGUGCUUCUAGAAAAAUCAUUUUGGGAAAAUAAACAAACAUUCGAAGAGACAUAUUGAAUCUAUAAAAAUAGUUGUUAUGUACCUAUAAAAAUAACUUGUUUGAAAUUUACAAUAAUUUGAUUAUACAAAUAAAAUGUUUACCUGAUUUGACUACCAAACUUAUCUGAAUGUAUUAAGAAUUUAUAUUGACAUUAUAAUAUAAUUUACUAAAUUU